AGAGACUGGGGCAGCUGAAAUACAGUGGUGCAGGUAUAGACAGAAGAAGAUGUUCGUCACGCUGUUGUUCGCUUUGAUGUUCGCUCUGACGCCUGGGAACGCGAGAAGAUGCCAACUUGGGUUUACCAACCUUGGUGGAGCAUGCUACUUGUUUUCGCAUAACCAUGCCACCUAUGCUGAAGCCAAUUCCUUCUGCCUGUUCUUCGGGAGUCACUUGGCCGACAUCACCAGCAAGAAUGAAGAUGACUUGAUCAGGAGCUACCUUCUGAGGCAUGGCAAAGGCUCUCAAUUCUACAUCGGCGCCACUGAUCUGAGAGCAGAAGGCAUCUGGACCUGGGAGCACCCCUUGAGGAAGGUAGUUGGCUACACCAACUGGUAUCCAGGUGAACCCAAUAACCACGAGGGUAAAGAGCAUUGCAUGGAGAUGGCUUCUGGGCAUGGCUUCAAGUGGAAUGACUUUUACUGCUACACGAAGGCGCGGUUCAUUUGUGAACAAUCUCGUAUUUGAUUUUGUCAUAUAUGCACGAGCAAACUUCAAACGGCAGUCAUUGUGUCUUGCUGAAUACAAACGUCAAACGUUUA